GUCGUGCCACUGCGGAAGAAGCGCGGGGGCCUCCGAGGGAUGGGGAGCUGCCCGCGUCGCUGAGACGGGGACCCUGUCAGCGCGGCGGCCGGUGCCGGGUGGGGGCGGCGCGGAGCAGCUCAGGGCCCCGGCCCGGGGACAUGGGGCGGCGCGAGCCGGUCGCGGGACGGCGCAAGACGCGGCGGAGUCUGCGGCCACGAGCGGCCGGCAGCCCCAGAUAGAGCGGGGACCCGAGGGCCGGGCCCCUCCGACUCGGGACAGGAGGCGACGCCCGUCCUCGAGCCGAUCCUACCACAGCCCCGGAGGGAUCUGGGAUCCCGUCUGGCGACUUCCCUCUGACGAAGUUUUCCUCUUCGUGCCUUGCUGAGGAUCAUUCCUAAUUCUAGAACUCGCCUUGUGGCCGACUUGCUCGGUUUGUUUGGGGGAGAUAACUUGUUUUGCUUCAACCCGCAUCCCCUUUCCUUGACCCCUUGCAAUCGGAUGUUCUAGAUGACUGAAUGGAGUUUUGAGUUGGACUUUUGUGUCCCUGCCGAAAUUGAGCCUGAUCCCAGAGUACUGGGGGUGGGGUGUGGAGGUGUUACUGUAAAAUGCAAGUUGGAUAAAAAGAAGACCUCUCGCCAAGGGCCCCAAUGAGUGGCACACAGUCUACUAUCACGGACAGGUUUCCCCUCAAAAAACCUAUAAGGCAUGGAAGUAUUUUGAAUCGAGAGUCACCAACAGAUAAGAAACAGAAAGUUGAACGCAGUACAUCCCAUGAUUUUGAUCCCACAGAUAGCUCCUCCAAGAAGACAAAGUCUAGUUCAGAGGAAAGUAGAUCCGAGAUCUAUGGCCUUGUUCAACGCUGUGUGAUCAUCCAGAAAGACGACAAUGGAUUUGGGCUGACAGUCAGUGGAGACAAUCCAGUCUUCGUACAAUCUGUCAAAGAAGAUGGAGCAGCCAUGCGGGCUGGAGUACAAACAGGUGACCGAAUCAUCAAGGUGAAUGGGACUCUGGUGACUCAUUCAAACCAUCUGGAGGUGGUGAAACUAAUCAGAUCUGGUUCCUAUGUAGCUCUCACUGUCCAGGGACGCCCACCUGGGUCGCCCCAGAUUCCACUUGCUGACUCUGAAGUAGAACCCUCAGUCAUUGGACAUAUGUCUCCCAUUAUGACAUCCCCUCAUUCCCCUGGAGCAGCUGGGAAUAUGGAGAGAAUUACUAGUCCUGUGCUCAUGGGGGAGGAAAACAAUGUGGUCCAUAACCAGAAAGUAGAGAUUCUGAGGAAAAUGUUACAGAAAGAACAGGAGCGGCUGCAGUUACUGCAGGAAGAAUACAACCGAACAGGUACCCCAAGAUUGCUCAAGGAGAUCCAGGAGACCAAGAAGCACAUUUCUCAGCUGCAGGAGCAGCUGUCCAAAGCCACAGGCUCUGCUCAGGAUGGCACUGUAAUUGCACCCUCUAGGCCGUUAGGUGAUGCCCUAACAGUCAGUGAGGCAGAAGCAGAUCCUGGAGAUGGCCCGUGCAGGACUGAUGGGAGCAGUGGAGAUGCUUCUCGGCCUAGUAGUGACAAUGCAGAUAGUCCCAAGAGUAGUCUGAAAGAAAGAAUUUAUCUAGAGGAAACCCCAGAGAAAAGUGAAGGAAUUCAGGACACUGACACACAAUCGCUCGUCGGCAGUCCCUCCACCCGUGGAGCACCUCAUAUCAUUGGAGCAGAGGAUGAUGACUUUGGUACUGAACAUGAGCAGAUCAAUGGGCAGUGCAGCUGUUUCCAGAGCAUUGAAUUGCUGAAAUCACGCCCUGCUCACUUGGCUGUUUUCUUGCACCAUGUAGUUUCACAGUUUGAUCCUGCAACAUUGCUCUGUUAUCUCUAUUCAGACCUGUAUAAGCAGACCAACUCCAAGGAGACUCGGCGUGUCUUCCUUGAGUUUCAUCAGUUCUUCCUGGACCGAUCUGCACAUCUGAAAGUUCCUGUUCCCGAGGAAAUCUCACUGGAUCUAGAAAAGAGAAGACCCGAGCUUAUUCCUGAGGACCUGCAUCGGCACUACAUUCAAACUAUGCAGGAGAGAGUCCACCCUGAAGUUCAGAGGCAUUUAGAGGAUUUUCGACAGAAACGUAACAUGGGACUAACCUUGGCGGAGAGUGAGCUGACUAAGCUUGAUGCAGAGAGAGACAAGGACCGGGUUACUCUGGAGAAGGAGCGAGCAUGUGCGGAACAGAUCGUUACCAAAAUUGAAGAAGUAUUGAUGACUGCUCAGCCUGUGGAGGAAGAAAGGAGUUCCACAAUGCAGUAUGUGAUUCUCAUGUACAUGAAGCAUUUGGGAGUAAAAGUGAAAGAACCUCGAAACUUGGAGCACAAGCGGGGUCGAAUUGGAUUCCUUCCAAAGAUCAAGCAAAGCAUGAAGAAAGAUAGAGAGGGUGAAGACAAAGGGAAGCGAAGAGGAUUCCCCAGCAUUUUGGGACCCCCAAGGAGACCAAGCCGCCAUGACAACAGUGCAAUUGGCAGGGCCAUGGAGAUACAGAAACUACGUCACCCGAAGCACUUAUCUGCACCCUCGUCUGUGAGUCCUGAGCCUCAGGACCCUGCCAAGUUGCGCCAGAGUGGACUAGCCAGUGAAGGAACAGACACUGGAUACCUGCCUGCCAGUACCAUAUCCUCUGCCACUUCAGGAGCUGCUCUUUCCCAAGAGGGAGGGAAAGAACAUGAUGCAGGAUCAAAACAAGUUGGAGAAGCACCGGUGCCUGGAGACUGCUUGGACAGCACACCUCGUGUCUCCAAUACUGUUUUUGACUUCCCACCUCCUCUGUUAGAUCAAGUGCAGGAGGAGGAAUGUGAAGUAGAGAGGAUGGCAGAACAUGGAACCCCAAAACCCUUUAGAAAGUUUGACAGCAUCGCCUUUGGAGAGAGUCAGAGUGAAGAUGAGCAGUUUGAGAAUGACCUGGAGACGGACCCUCCCAACUGGCAGCAGCUUGUUAGCAGAGAGGUCUUACUGGGACUGAAACCUUCCGAGAUCAAAAGACAGGAAGUGAUUAAUGAAUUGUUCUACACUGAAAGAGCUCAUGUCCGAACACUGAAGGUUCUUGACCAAGUAUUCUAUCAGCGUGUAUCCAGAGAAGGAAUUCUAUCACCUUCAGAACUACGCAAGAUUUUUUCAAACUUGGAAGAUAUUCUUCAACUUCAUGUUGGGUUGAAUGAGCAAAUGAAAACUGUCCGGAAGAGGAAUGAGACCUCUGUUAUUGAUCAUAUUGGGGAAGAUCUGCUUGUCUGGUUCAGUGGACCAGGAGAAGAGAAGUUGAAACAUGCUGCUGCUACAUUCUGCAGUAACCAGCCUUUUGCUCUGGAAAUGAUCAAGUCUCGUCAGAAAAAGGAUUCUCGAUUCCAGACUUUUGUGCAGGAUGCUGAGAGUAACCCCCUGUGUCGUCGCCUUCAGCUGAAAGAUAUCAUUCCCACCCAAAUGCAGAGGCUCACCAAGUACCCACUUCUUUUGGAUAAUAUUGCCAAAUACACAGAAUGGCCACCAGAAAAGGAAAAGGUGAAGAAAGCUGCAGAUCAUUGUCGUCAGAUCUUAAAUUAUGUAAAUCAGGCUGUCAAGGAGGCAGAAAACAAGCAGCGUUUAGAAGAUUAUCAGCGUCGCCUUGACACCUCCAAUCUCAAGAUGUCCGAGUACCCAAAUGUUGAUGAACUCAGGAAUUUGGAUUUAACAAAAAGAAAGAUGAUUCAUGAAGGGCCUUUGGUUUGGAAGGUGAAUCGAGAUAAAAGCAUCGAUCUUUACACACUGCUACUGGAAGACAUUCUUGUACUGUUGCAAAAACAGGAUGACAAACUGGUGUUACGGUGCCAUAGUAAGAUUCUGGCAUCCACAGCCGACAGCAAACACACAUUCAGUCCUGUCAUUAAGCUGAGCACAGUGUUGGUUCGACAGGUGGCAACAGAUAACAAAGCUUUAUUUGUCAUCUCUAUGUCAGAUAACGGAGCCCAAAUUUAUGAAUUGGUAGCACAGACAGUUUCUGAAAAGACGGUCUGGCAGGACCUCAUCUGUCGAAUGGCUGCUUCAGUGAAGGAGCAGUCCACAAAGCCCAUUCCUCUGCCACAGUCGCCACCUUGCGAAGGAGACAAUGACGACGAAGAACCAUCAAAAGUGGAGCACCAUGGCCUUUCAGUCACUGGUCUACAGAGCCCAGACAGAGUUUUGGGAUUAGAAUCGCCCUUAAUUUCAUCAAAACCUCAGUCUCGUUCACUGAGUACCCCUGGCAAAUCAGAGGCAGAACAUCUCUUUGUGACUGCAACACAGUUUGCAAAGGAGCAGCAUGCAAAUGGGACACUGAAGGAAGAUAAUGGCAGUUAUCCAAUCCCAGUCCCAGAGCCACACUUGCCUGUGUCAGAGGAGCGGUGGGCGUUAGACGCACUGAGAAAUUUGGGCUUGUUGAAGCAGCUGCUGGCCCAGCAGUUUGGUCUGACUGAGAAGAGCACCCAGGAAGACUGGCAGUCCUUCUCAAGAUACGGGUCAGCUUCUGAAGAGGGGCAGGCAGAGAGUGGCAUCCAGGACUCUGAAAAUGUUAAGGCUUGUCAUGCCGGGGAAGGACAGAUGCCUUUUAAAACUGGAACUGGUGACUUUGCAACUUGUGACAGUCCACGGACUUCAACUGAGUCUUGUGCUACACAAGAUUCAGUGAUACUGGCAUCCCAAGACAGCCAGGCAAGUAACAUUUUAGUAAUGGACCACAUGAUCCUGACCCCAGAGAUGCCUACUGCAGAGCCAGAAGGGGGUCUGGAUGACAGUGGAGAGCACUUUUUUGAUGCCCGUGAAGCACAUAGUGAUGAUAAUCCAUCAGAAGGUGAUGGAGCAGUUAAAAAGGAAGAGAAGGAUGUUAAUUUACGCAUCUCAGGAAACUGUUUGAUCCUUGAUGGCUAUGAUGCAGUGCAGGAGAGCUCCACAGAUGAGGAGGUUGCCUCCUCAUUCACCCUGCACUCUGUAGCAGGCAUCCCUUCUGUGGACUCCACCCACCAGCAGCAAUACUCCCCUCAGAAUGCUCAUUCUGAUGGGGCAGUUUCACCAUUCACCCCAGAAGUCCUGGUCCAUCGACGCUGGAGAGCUAUGGAGGAUACCUGUUUUGAGAUCCAGAGUCCCUCUUCUUGUACAGAUUCACAAAGCCAAAUCCUGGAGUAUAUUCAUAAAAUAGAGGCUGACCUCGAACACUUAAAGAAGGUGGAAGAAAGUUACGCCCUUCUUUGCCAAAGGCUGGCUAGCUCAGCCCUCCCUGACAAGCUCUCAGAUAAAAGUUAGAGCCCGUGUCCUGGAGGUGACUGCAGGCUGUUGGAUUUUGAGUGUCGGUCCUAUAUCAACCACAUCCCGGCUCCAGUGUGGACACAGAGAGAGUGUGACAGAGGAUCUGCCUGGAACCACCUGGGCUCGGCCAUGCCCCAGGGUGUCCCGAGUGGGACUAGUUCUUCAGUUUGGCAGCUGCACAAGUCUGUCAGUGCUCUCCUCUCCUCACUAUCAGAAAUGCAUUUUGAUUCAGAAUAAAAACCAAAUGUAUAGAGCUUUGGGUGUAGGAUAUAAAAUUGUACGUAGGUAAGACAAAGAGAAAAUCAGAUGUAUUUAUUUGAUUUCAUUCCAUAUUUGAAAGCACACUUUAAUUUUUACUUUGCCUUGUUUUGUUUUAAUUGAGUAGUGGGAGUUUUAGCCCUUUGUAUUUAGCACACCCAAGGAUCAAUUGUUCCUGAAACCAAGGUCAGUGGGGGAUGGGGAAGUUAGCAGAGAGGCAAUGCAGAAGAGAGAGGAAUACCUGACCUUCACUAACCUGUAACCCCAGCCUCUCUGUCCAGAAGACUGCCUUUCUGGGGGUCAUCUCAGCCAUGCUACAUGACUCCUGUGUGCGGAUGCAGAUGACAUGAGCUAUGUGCUGUGCAGUUGGUCAGAGCAGGUGAACCUCUUCCCAUCCCAAGACAAGCAUCUCUUCUGUAUAACUGGCCUCCACCCCAAUUAACAGGAAUCCUCAAUACACUAAAUGGCAGGCACUUGAAAAUGGGUGUAUUUCCUUUGUUGUCUUUUCUGUUGAUAGUUGGGAUUUGGGAGAGAAGAAAACAAAUUUUUAUUUUCUUGAUUAUAAAUUUGUUAUUCUUGGUAUUGUUGAAUUUGUAUAAUUAUAUAUUGACUGGCACUUGUAUGAAAUGUUCCCUGCAGAGUGAGCAGGACAUAAGAACAAAGAAACGGAAUGCUUCAGUGGUGGUGGGGUGCUGCGGAGGGGAGGGGUGGGGGGAGAGUCUUCUGGUUUUCUAAACUGAAUCACUACUGAGUUGAACCAUGGCUGUCACUAGCCACGGGUACUGCUGAUUAUAAGGCCAGUAAAAAAUGAGUACCUGGAUGUUUGACUCUAAUUUUUUGCACUGAUUGUGCCAAAGGGCUCUUCAAAGUCACAAGCAGAGCCAAGAGUGGGCAGAGGAAGGUGUGGCGGAGAGUUGCUCACAUCACCCCACUGCCACAGCCCUGCCUGCAUGGUGCUGUGACUGGCCUUGGGAACUGAGACCAGAGGUGAGCAGUGCAGCCACCAAGGUGCUGGUGAUAGCUGCAGUGCAGGCAGCACCUGUGGAGGGUGAGCUAGUCAGAACUGUGGCCUGAGAACUCCUUACUUGUGUUGGCUUUCAGUGUUUUUUUUUUUUUUUGUGUAUUUGGUAAAUAUGUUUUUGAAGUGUUCUGUAAAAAAAAAAAAAAUCAUUUGUCAAAUCUAAAUUCUGUUAAUAAACAAGGAGUUCACAUGUUACUCACAUCUUGCAGGAGGGCCCCCUGAAGUCUGGGGGCAGUCAGGAUGUAAUUUUAUUCUCCCCUUAGUAUCCCUCAAACCCAGGUUUUUCUCACUGUGGAUGGUCCCCCAGCUGCUUUUAUGAACACCCCUACAACUUAACAAGUUUGUCUGUCUGGGUCCAGAGUCCCGUUUCUGCCCUUUGAGGACUCCUCUAUGUUCUUAGAUCGAUCAGCUUGGAUCCUUGUACCUCAUCUCUAAAUUGGAAUUGUAUUUUGAGUCAUAGGUCAAGCAUAGCUCAGAAUGGGCUUUGAAAUGUUGAUGUGGAACAUUAUAAGUGAAGUUUGGAUCUGAACUCCCCGUAUCUCUUAGGAGAAGCAAGUAGAGACCAAACGGUUCUGCCGUCUUCCAGGCAGUCUCUCACACUACACCAUCUGGGCAGCUCAUCAGGAGAAAGCCAGACAGCAGCGCUCUGCUGGCUUCCAACGCUACAGGUCCUUCCAUGGUCCUCUAGCACAGCUCAACUUGAACUCUGCUCUCCUGGUUGCUUGCUCUCCUUUUCCUGACUCUCAGCCUCUCUUAGGGUUACAGCAGGGCUAACUGGAAAGGUACUUUGGCAUUGUUCCAGUACUUCCAAAUAAAUGUGUAUUUAUUACAUCUUCAGGUGAAACCUCAAAACCAAGUGAAAUCUGAAAAGAAAAACAAAAACCCGCUUUUUUGAGAGUUCCUUUUUCUUACCAGCCUUACUUCUUGCCUGUCCCUCCGUUUUUGGCCUCCCGUGCCUUCCAUUUCAUUUUGGCCAUUAUAAUCACAUCCGUUUGACUUUGGCAUUACAUAUCCUUUCCAUGGAGGUGACAGUAGGUAUUCCUCCUCUUCUGGAAUGAGGUUAUCAUCGUCAUAGUUAUCUCCGAGUUGGGUGACGAGAAGGUGCAGUCUGUUUCUGUCCUGAGGAGUACUAGGCCAGCAAGAGGAGCACAGCAUCUUGUUGCAGAGCCAGAAAGUCGUGUGUGCCAUGGGCACAACCCCUGACACUGCUCUCUUGUGAGCUUAGUGGCUCUUCUGUCGCUAAGUGGCAGAUUAUGUGUGGAGUGUCUCCUUUCCAGAGAAAAGCUGUAAUCAAGCCAAACCAGCAAACCUUCAAAGUACUGUAAUUUAAAAGGAUGGCUUUGGCCAUGUAUUUUGUAUAGUUUCAAAGCAGCUAACUGGACUGUUGGAGUUCUGCUGCUUUCACAACCCAAAUUGUAACUAUUUAUUGUAUCACAUGGGAGGUUAUUACAUGAGUGUUUUCGCCUUUGUCUUCUCCAAACACCUUCUAAUGACCUCUAGAAAGAACAAGCCCUCUUUUAGAAAGUGUUUUGUUUCUCUGUCUUUGGGGGAGGGAGGAAGAGAAAAGUCCUUCUUUGCCUAUUUUUAGGAGCAAAAAACUGUAAGUAUGCUUCCUAAGAUGCGGCAGUUUCCUCUCUGCUCUGCUCCUUGGCAGUGGCGAUGGCCUGGUGCCUUCGCCUGUAUUCCAGCCAAGCAGUCUCCUCUCUGCAGGUGUGGGAACAUGCUUAGAGCCACUUAUGCAUGCUCUGUACUUCCUUCCCUCCUUAUUGCAGAAGGCACCAUAGGACCUUAAACUACAACAUUAGUAAGACUUUGCAGAAGUAUUUCGUAGACCAUGGUUUUGUUUUUCUGACACUUCACCCCCAUUUAGUGUGAUCUAUAAAAUUGUUCUUUCUUCAAGAAAGGAGCUUUCUUGUUCUGCCUGUUUGCCUUCCCCACGGGGACUGAGGGUUUGGGUAAUAAACUGAUCAGGAAAAAGGGGGACUCCUAGAAACCAAUUCCUCCCCGCCAUUUCCAGGUGCCACCCGCUAAGCAGACACUACAGCAUGGUGACCAUAGUGUGCACACUGUUGGUUUUUAAUGAGCCUCUUUCCCACUAGAGCGUCUCACUUUCCUCGUUCACCAUACAAUCAUGUACUCUUUAACAGAAAUUGCUUUUAAAAGAAAUCUGGAACUAUCUUAAAAAAAAACCUUAUUAAUAAUCAUGUAUUUUUACUGAUCACAUUUUGAAAUGCCUAAAAGACUUUAUUGCUCUAAUUAUCCAGAUGUACCUUUGUAAAAAGCUCUUUUAUGAAUUAGCUGAUAAGGCUGUAUGUUUCUGGAACAAAAUAUUGGGUCAUCUAAAACUUUCUGUUUUCUGGGGUCUGGGAAAAUAGAAAAUAAGAGUUCAAAUAUUAAAUAAGCUUAAAAGAA